AUGCCCGGGCAUCAUGGCGGCGGCGGCGGCGGCGGUGGAGGAGGAGGACAUGAAGGAAUGGAUCAUGGAGGAGGCGCAAUGGAAUGCAGUAUGUCAAUGGUAUGGAACUAUGCAACGGAUGGAAUGUGUGUAGUAUUUCCAUCAUGGCAUGUAAAAGGCAAACAAUCAUUCGUGUUAACUUUGGUAGCAUUAUUUCUCUUGGCUGCCGUCUUGGAAAAUUUACGUUUUAGAAUACGUAAAUUUGACGUUCAACUUAUUUCUACUCAUCGAUUAACAAAUAAUGUUAUGGCAAGCUUGACCGGCGGCGGCGCAAACAGUCAUCGGAGAAAGGCAAGCGUACAACAUGUUUUAGGACAAAGUGCUGGUAAGACAAGCGGAAUCGGAACGGCAACCCUUGGUGAUCGAAGAGGAAGUAGAUUAUAUGACGCAUUUGUACCAUCUUUGCUCAUCUCCAGACGAGGUCAAAUUCAUCGUGUCAUCUUGUAUGUCCUUACACUCACACUCAGUAUGUUCCUCAUGUUGGUUUUCAUGACAUACAACGCAUGGCUAAUCGCAGCAGUCUUGCUGGGAGCAGGAGCGGGUCAUUACCUGUUCAAUCGGGAUAUGGGUCAUGGAGGUUUGGACAACGACAAGUCGUGGUGUCAUUGA